AAAAAAGCGUACGAUUAAACCAAUCAGUAGAACAAGUGGUCUCUGUAUCUAUUGGAAGUCUCGCUGGUGGUUUAUAAAGUUGAGAUGGAGGGACUGUGAGCAAACAGAGUCAGUCGGUUAGUCAGUCAGUUGUUCUCUCGGAAUCUCGCUGCACCGUAUCCCAAGAGGAAUUUUCCUCCACUGCAGUGACUCUCAGGCAGUGGAUUAAUUAGCUGUUUAUCCUGUGAAAAUUUAUAAUCAAACAAGGAAAGAUUCUCUAUCAGAAAAAUAUCGAGAACAAAGUGCAGAAAAGUGUAUUAUUGCGAUAUCUUAAUUUAAAAUCACAGAAACAGAAAAAGAGCUUUAGUGAUGACCAAGAAUUCUCAAUGAAAAAGACAUUCCAUUGGAGACAAUACUGGUGCUGAAUUUCAAAAAAAACCCAAAAAAAAGACCAACUUCUCAGUGUUUAGAGUGGAAAAAUGCCUACGAAAUUGGAGUUGUCGCGUAUCUUAUCACUGUGGCACUAUAGAAAACACUUGGUUUUGUUUAUCACCAUAUAUUGCUGGUAAAUAAUCACGGGAGAUUACAAUUAAUUUGCCAUUGUAUGAGGCUGAAAUAGAACAUUUGAAAGAUUCAGUGUGGACGCAUCCUAAGGAGCUCCGGGUGAUUUUUGGAAUUUUCUAUGAGCUCAGGUUCACUUUUGCUGUAUAAUAUUCGACUUUAUCAUCUUUGAUACAAUCUUGUGAUUGUGAGGUGCUCAAAGUAAAGUCAUCAAAAGGAUUUUUUGUAGCUGUCUUGUAGAUAAGUAUCCAAAAUGUCGUUAUCAUGGUGGCGUGUCCUAACUCGGCGGAAGAAUCUACCCAGCAGAUCAGCGCCUGGCUCCUUAGAUAGCGACACCAGACUCGGGCGGAUCUUAAACACAUUUGAUCUCACUGCACUGGGCGUAGGUGCAACGCUUGGAGUAGGUGUCUAUGUUCUAGCCGGUCAUGUAAGUCGUGACCAGGCUGGUCCAGCUGUGAUUCUUUCAUUCCUAAUUGCCGCUGUGGCGUCAUUUCUAGCAGGACUCUGCUAUGCUGAGUUCGGUGCCAGAGUACCAAAAGCCGGAUCCGCCUACAUCUACAGCUAUGUGUGUAUCGGAGAAUUUGUGGCUUUCAUCACAGGAUGGAAUCUCAUCCUGCAAUAUGUCAUAGGUUCAGCUAGUAUCUCCAGAGGCUUAUCUCUAUACUUGGAUACCUUGAUCAAUGAUACUCUGAAGAAUACGUUCAGAACAGUUGCCCCCAUCAAUGUAUCCUUCCUAUCCUCUUAUUUUGACUUCUUCGCCUUUGCAUUGCCUAUUCUUUUAGCAGUUGCAUUGGCAUUCGGACUGAAAAAAUCUGCUGUGAUGAAUAAUAUCUUUACGGCUACGAAUAUCGCAAUUGUCCUUUUCGUUACAAUUGCCGGAGCUCUAAAUGCGGAUAUAGCGAACUGGCGAGUUGAUCCAGCUACCCUCAAUAGUACUAUUACAGAAGGACUCAACAUCGGUGAAGGUGGAUUCUUUCCAUUUGGCGUUGAGGGCAUGCUUAAAGGUGCUGCAACGUGUUUCUUUGGUUUUGUUGGUUUUGACUGCAUCGCAACAACUGGCGAAGAAGUUAAGAGUCCCCAGAAAGCUAUUCCACGUGCCAUUAUCUUCUCGCUCAUUAUAAUCUUCCUGUCCUAUUUUGGUGUCUCGACGGUCCUUACUCUCAUGUGGCCCUAUUACCUUCAGGAUGUCAAUGCUCCUCUACCGUUUGCAUUUGAGCAAAUUGGCUGGACAUUUGCUAAGUGGAUCGUGGCUAUUGGUGGAAUUGUUGGACUAAUUACGAGCCUUUUUGGAGCCAUGUUCCCCUUACCACGGAUUAUCUACGCCAUGUCACAGGAUGGUCUAGUUUUUCGCUUCCUAGGACGCGUUCAUACACACUUCAAGACACCCGUUGUAGGUACAAUGUGUGCAGGAUUAUUGACUGGCCUUGUGUCUGCUCUUCUGGAUCUUAAGCAACUGGUUAGCAUGCUGUCGAUUGGUACCCUACUGGCCUACACUGUUGUGGCCAUUUCCAUAACAAUCUUGCGCUUCUCGAAUCGCGAAGAAACCUAUACAGAGGCUUCUGAGCCUUCUUGUUCUAUCAAAGCCAAGAAACAUUCUUCUUUCACCUCAACUCUCCUUCAAAUCUUCAACUGUCGUGCUUUGAAGCAUCCAACAACAUUAUCAUCAAGAGUUGUAGGUGCCAUGGUUUUUCUGUAUACAAUAUUUUCGCUAGUGCUGUGCUUGCUGAUCGUCUACUCCAAGAAGGAGCUUGCUGGUGCAGAAAUAUGGGCAAUUGUUGUGUGGACCAUCAUAUGUUCAGUGCUCUUAAUUACAAUGAUAUCCAUGGCUGUACAACCAAGAGACACCACAGAGACGCCCUUCAAAGUUCCUCUGGUACCCCUUAUUCCCGGCAUCAGUAUUUUCAUUAACAUAUACCUGAUGCUCAUGUUGGAUACCUACACGUGGAUAUUUUUCAGCAUUUGGUUAGUAGUUGGCCUGACAAUAUACACAGCCUCGGCUUUCCUCUACGCGUCAGAGAGUUAUCAGGAGGAUGAGAAGAAAGAGGCAAAUAGUUCCAGUGUCACAGCAUCCUGCAGUGGAUCGCUUGUGGAGCCACGAAAACAAGAAAAUGGUAUCAUCAGUCGAGUAGUAGAUGAAGAAGUCAUCGAGGAGAAUGAUACAGUGACUAAACUGAAGCUCUCUGAUGAGCUUCAGGAAGAAUCUGACGUGGAUGAAUGUGAAUCCAUGCAGACAGUACCGAAGGUGGAAGAGAGUGUGCAGAAGAAUGAAGAGAAUCUUCCUGUGGACAAGAGAACAUCAUCUCUGGAUGAAAUUCAUCUUGUGUCUGAGAUCUCGGAUACGCAUACGGAGAAGAAGGAACCCAAUGGGACGUCAUACUUCAUAGAAGAACCAAGAACACCUUCUCCACCUCAAGAUGGUGAGGCCAAGGUACUCGCCUUUCUCGAUGAUGUGAUCGAAACGGAGGAUACGAGUCCUAUUCAUGAGAGAAAAAAUUCAAUGGACUCAGUGGCAGAGAAUGAGGUCAUUGAGAAGUCAACAGUGGCAGUGAUUCAUCAAGAAGAUACACUAAAGGAGGAAGAAGAGAUAGAAUGUGCUGAGGAAGACGCGGGAGAAUCGAUAAAGCCUCUCGAGGAGAUCGCUGAGAAGAAUACUGAGGAGAAUACUGAGGAGAAUGAGAAUGAGGCAGAUGUGAGGUCAGAGAAUGACAAAUUCAGUGCCAUAGUCAAAGUCAAUACACUGCCAAGGAUAAAUCACGAUGACGAGAGCAGCAUGAAGCAGUCCAAGAGUGAAGUUGACAUGAGAGUUCUCCUGAUGCGGGAGCUCCAACUGAGGAAUCCACCUCAGGAUGAACCAGAAAUUCCUCCUGUGGACUAUGAGGCUCAAGAUAGUGUUAGGGAAGUCCGUAAGCUUCCUCACAGUGUUUCAGUGGACAGUAGUAUACCCAAGGCACCCAUCUUUGAUCCUGUCUUGUAUAAUGCCACCACAAAGAGAAGUCCUCGACUAAAUAUACCUCGGCCCAAGGUCAAGUCCAUCUCACCAAUGGCCUCACAAUCUACUUCUCCAAGGCCAUCAACACCUGCGGAACGUCCUACUGAGGACAAAUCCCAGUCAGAAGAAGAGCCAGAUGAGAAUAACAAUGGGAAUAAAUUUGCCGGAAUCAAGGGGAAGCUUGAAGAAAUUCUGCGACGUGGACCUCCCCUACCAUUUUCGCGACCACGAUCGAAGCCUCCAGAACGAAUUCCAGCUACUCCUCCUCAAACUCCUUUCGCUGAUCAUGAGGAACCUGUUUUUACACCACCUCCUGUGACAAAUCCCAGUAAACCCUUCGAUACUGUGCAUAAGCAGAAGAUCCUUUUCAGCGAUGUUCUUAAGUCCAUCCAUCCAGACACCAGACCUAGUGUCAUCCGCAGUGAAUCGCUUAAUCGGAGAUCUGCUACUCUAGAAAAUCCUGUUGUACUGCCCGGAAGUCCUCCAGAAAGGGUCACACUAACUCACUAACACCAGAAAAGUCAUUUCGUAGCAUCAAGGAUGUAAACCUCUCUAA